GGCCAAGUUUGCCGUCUCUUGGAACUCUUGGCCUUGAACCACAAGUACGUUGUACUGUAUUGUUUGGAUCUUAUCAGAUCUGAUUGGGUCUAAUACCGAAACCGGUUCAGUGGGGUAUAAAUAAGUAGCAAAAAUAAAAUCUGGAGAUGAAAAGAUCCCAUUGUCUGUCUGGUAGCAGCCAAAACAAACAAACAGCUUCUAAUUAAUCACCCAAAAUGUCUUCACAACCAUUCCAGCAAAAGUCACCAAUCAAGAUUAGGCUGCCUGAGCCUUAUCUUACCACAUACUAUCUCGAGGCCACUGCCGAGGGAAAGCAGUCGUAUCGUCUGCGUAAAGACGAGUCUGUAAAGGAUGGCAAGCCAUUCCCCAAGGCUCUUCACGGCGAAGGCCUAGUCUUUUCUCAAAUCCCAAUUGCGGAAUCUGACAAGAUUCCUGAUUCUGAUAAUCGCGAGUAUGCGCGCGCGCGACGAAGUCCCGUCUGGUCGCUGAGCUGGGACAAGGAGACUGCCACACUCGCUCAGACCUGGAUGUUCUUGUACACUUUCUUCACAUACACCUUUGAUGUUGAGCAAUUUCGUCUCCGUCUUGAGGGUGCUGGAGCUGAGGAGUUGGCCAAGGCUCUUGUCCUCUCCAUGGUAGCCAUCAACAUGCCUCCCCCUCCCAAGGGUGUUGAGCCUGCGCCCAGCACAGGUGUCGAGGUGCUUGUCUCGCGAAGCGCCUUCUGGCAAGGAUGCGCCUCUCCGUUGGGUCAGCAGCCCAUCUGGCUUCCUACUUGGAACUCUCUGAACGUGACACCCCAUCUGGAGUACGUUAUGGAACCUACAUCUGAGGUUACUCUUCUGCGUCACCCGCGCCGAACACCCAAGCCUGCUGCCGGUAGCUGCUUCUACAGUCGCUACAUCCCCUCCCUUGACGAGCACUUCAACCUCGUCGCUCUCGACUACGAGAACCCCGAGCACCUGGGUCUGUUCAACACAUGGCAGAACGACCCCCGUGUGGCGGCAGGCUGGAUGGAGACUGGUACUCUAGAUGAGCACCGCACAUAUCUCAAGAACAUCCACGAAGACCCUCACCAAUUCGCCGUUCUGGGCUACUUCAACGACAUACCGUUUGCCUAUUUUGAGCUGUACUGGGCCAAGGAGGACAAGAUGGGCCAGCACUACGCCUCAGGCGACUUUGAUCGUGGUAGACACUCGCUUGUCGGCAAUGAUAAGUUCCGCGGCCAGUACCGUGUCAUGGCUUGGUGGCCUAGUGUGAUUCACUACGAGUUCCUCGACGACCACCGCACUGAGAACGUCGUCGGCGAACCUCGUCUGUCCAGCGAGGGUGUCCUCAAGUACGAGAUGAUCUUUGGUCUGCACCAGGACAAGUGGAUGGAUCUGCCUCACAAGCGAUCCAACCUUGUCAAGAUCUCUCGUGAGCGCUUCUUCCAGAUCUGCCCAUUCAACCAGGGCAAGCCUCGCGUGGCUGGCACGACGUUUGGCUUUGAGCCCAAGCUGUAGAUAAUGAAGACAUGCCAUUAAAAGUUGAUAGACGGAGCAUUUUAGUAGAGUAAAUGAUGUUAGCGACCUUUUGUAUACAGUUUGUCAAUCAGAAUAUUGUUGGUCUGUACUU